AUGUCAGAGCAUCCCAAUCCAAUAUCGACAACACAACAACCUCUUUCUUUACCAGAGCACAUUGGAAAACGCGUCGAUCCAGCCUAUUCUAGUGUACUGCACGCACGAGUAAAAGAGAUACUACAUAUACACCACGACAGCUUUCCGGGAACCCAACCUGUCAGUUUUGAAACAAAGCAUCUUUCAGAGCUCGAGCGUGAAGAUUAUUUCGUAUGCGAAAAGACGGAUGGUAUCCGAUAUCUACUCUUCUUUGUUCAUUCACCAAAGGGGCCAGCUUCAUUCUUGCUUGAUCGCAACAAAGUAUGGUAUUAUGUACCCAACCUCCUAUUUCCCGUUCGAGGCCGAGACAAGGAAUACCUCAAGGAUACAUUGAUGGAUGGUGAAUUGGUCAUGGAAGAGGAGCCACAUGAUAAGAAGACGUGGCGUUUUCUUCUUUUUGAUUUGAUGGCUAUCAAUGGCACACCGGUGACAAAGCGAUCUUUCAACACGCGAUUAGGUGUAUUGCGUCAAGAAGUGAUUGCACCUUUCAACAACAGUCUACGACACAUCGCUGAUCCCAGCAAAAUGCCGCCAUUUACAAUAGAGUUAAAGAAGAUGGAGCGAUCUUAUGGAUUGCAUCUCGUUUUUGAGCAAAUGGCCAAGCUAAAACACUGCACGGAUGGAGUGAUAUGGACACCAGUGAAAUAUCCAUACAUGGCAGGAACGAGUGAAAAGCUCUUGAAAUGGAAACCACCAGAGCAAAAUACUGUUGAUUUCAGGAUAUCCGUACGAUGGAGCAAAGAGCACAAGCCGAUAUACUCGCUGGAAGUCUUAUCUCAUGGAGUGACCUAUAAAUUCUUUGAUCAUUUUCAACCCGAAUCGAGCCUUGCAGGAGAAUGGAAAGGACAUCCACCAGAUGGGCGCAUCGGUGAAUUCAGAUUUGAUCCUGAUUGGGAAGUCACCAUAGUUGAACAAGGUUAUGCACCUACUACUCGGAAAGGAGGAUGGCGGUUUGUUCGAUUUCGGACCGACAAGAGCACGGCAAAUGAUGAAGGAGUGGUGAAGAAGAUAUUGAACAGCAUUCGCGAUGGUAUUACACGUGAUCAGCUAUUGGCGCAUAUGGAUCGAGUGCGUAGUGCAUGGAAGGCUCGAGAGAAAGGAUUACCACCACCUCCCCACAAGCCUGAAGCUUUAUCAUUAUCAACAACAACAACAUCAGUGAAAACCAGCCAGCCGCUUGCUACACCUACAUCUUCUAUUUUACCAUCACCAUCAGUUACCAAUUCAUCAGGAUACUUUCCAGAGCGAUCCAAUUCUAUUAGCAGCACAUCGGUAUUGGAUAGACGACGAUCUGAAGCAGACGUACGUUCAAAAUCGACACAAAACGCCACACCUACCACAGCUCCAGCACCAGCACCAUCCACAACAAUCCAAGUCAAUGAUAGCAACGGGCGGAAAGCAUCUGUAGAUAGUGGAAUGGCGAAUAAACGUGAAGCAAGCCCAAAAGUAUCAGCCAUGGAGAGGAAACGCUUCAAGUCGUGGACUGGAGAAGAGUCAUUAGAGCGGAUAGAUGAACAUCAACCACAAUUAUCUUCAUCAUCACCGCCAUCACCACACCAAUCCCCACGACAUCAUUCACAAAAGUAUGAACAGCAGCAACAGCAGCAACAGCAGCAGCAGCAGCAGCAGCAGCAGCAGCAGCAAAAACAUACCGAAAUGCAUCAAGCAGCGCAGGCCGCUGGGGAAAGGAAUGGAUUAUCUCAAAAGGAAAAGUCCAAAUCACCAUCUCCACCACAACCACCGCCACAACCACCAAAACCACCAUCCACGAGUAGUAGCAGCAGCAGCAAUAUACAACCAUCGAGAACUUCAUCCAUUCACAGCUUAUUAACAACAUCAGUCGAUCCUGUCAUACAACAACAACAACAACCUUCAUCCAACUUAUCUCCAUCACCGGUCACUACAUCUGCAAACCCUUCCGCUACUAUCAUUGCAUCACCACCUCCCACUAAACGACGCGCUUUUGAUCUCGCUACUAUAUUGCAUGAUGACGAUAAUCGAAAAGUGCCAACUGAACAGCAAAAAAUGGUACAAUUCAUCAACUAUCAUGCGGAUGGAAUGCAUAUCCAAGCAACAUCAUCACCAAGGAACGAUAAUAAUGAAUGGACUACUACUACUCUAUCAUCGUCAUCAUCACCAGCUCCAGCUCCAGCGCAAUAUCAUCACCAUCAACAACAACCAGCGAUUUCAACCACAACAGCCCCUACUUAUCACUACCAUCACCAUCAACACAUUUCUUCUUCACCUAUGGAACCUGGUGGGCGACAGCUUAGUGUAUGGAAAGUACCUCAACAACAGCAACAACAACAACAACAACCAUCAUCAUCACCCGCAUCAUCAUCUUCAGACCAGAAACAAAAACGUAGUAGCAAGGCCAUGUUGGAUUUUAUUCUAAAUUGA